AUGGAGGAGGCUGUCGGAGAAUAUGCCGAGAUCGGCAGGCCAGAGAGGUGUGCGGUCCUGAAGGUGUCUGGGCUCGACGAGUCAGUGAUGCCGGAGGAAGUCAAGGAGGCGAUUGCCAAGAAGGGAGGUUGCUCGGUACCCGAGUUGUCAACGGGAGGAAUGCAUGCAAGGACCAGGGGGGAUAGGGAUAAUGCUCAUCAGGUGCCCCACGUGGGCCGCGAGAAUGGUGGCAGAAGGGGGAAAACUGAGCGUGGGCUGGAACCAAGCAAAGGUGAGGUGGUCCUCAGCCGGCGCGUGUACUGCUUCCGGUGCAUGGGAAGGGGGCACGCGGUGGGUUUCAGCAACACACCCACACAGCUUCCAACACCGCUUCAAAAAUCAGUCUGGAUUCUGGACCGAAGAAUGUCACGCUACCACAUCACCACUACUCCACUCUUCGCCACAAAAUUCACCACAGCAACUUUUGAUUCCUUGUUCAACCGCGUUCCAGCCCAAAAAGAACGAGCGGUCGACGCCGGAAAAAAAAACCCACUCUCAACCAAUGCGUUCAGAAAUUGCCAGUUUCAGUCGCUGGACGUAUGA